CGCCUUUUCGUAGCAGUCGUCGGAUCCACAGACAUAUCGUUUGAAAGCCGAUCAGACGUGAGCUUACCACACGAGGCAUCUGCGACAUCUUUCUCGAGACAUGUCUGAGUUCUCCAGUGCCAGUGACUCGGCCAAAAUCAAAACGGACCCUUCCAUCAACUCCAUCAAUGUAUGGGCUGGUACUGAAGUAUCUGUACGAAACCUCCGGGAGAGGAUAAUCAAUCUCAAGGAGCUCAAGGACGACGUCAAUCGUUGUGAAGCGUGGGACAGGGAUAUACAGCGCCUCCUCGAAACGAAGGACGACAAGUGCGUCAUCGCCCUGUACGGAGAAACGGGUGUGGGGAAGUCGUCCCUUCUUAACGCAAUUGUAGAUGUUGACAUCGUCCCGACGAGCGCCUUCCGCGCCUGCACAUCAUUUGUCACCGAAGUGUCCUAUCACAAGAGGAAGGUAUUCGAAGGCCAAAUUGAGAUGUUCACAGAGCAAGAGCUGCGCAAGGAAAUCGAAUACUCCAAAGGAGACCUCGAAAUGGAGGACUCAGGAGACUCCCCUGCACCAGACUCCGAGACCUCAACACUGGCAAGAGGUGAUCCUGAAGACGCUGCAGAGAUCUCCCGUGAAAAGAUAUCAGCACUGUAUCCCGGUCUUACCCCUGAAGACUUUCUUGCGACAUCGGUUGAUGACUUGAUUGGAAUGAUACCUGAGAUGCUGCUAGGAAAGACGGUUCAGAUAGAAGCUACUGAACCCGAUGAGUUUACCUCCAAGCUUAAACAAUACAUAGACUCAUCCAAGGCGCGCUCUACCAUACCAGCCAAGCGCCGUGCGCCAGGAUCAGAUCCGUCGGAAAAUAUAGCACUGUGGCCUAUAGUUCGCAAAGUAGCGAUUAAGUGUAACUCGCGAGCGUUAUCCACCGGCGCAAUAUUGGUUGACCUACCAGGUGUCGCUGAUGCUAACCGUGCGCGCGCGAGUGUUGCAGAGAAGUAUAAGGAUGAGGCCACUUAUGUGUGGAUAGUAACCCGCAUUCAACGUGCAGCCGACUCCGCAUUUGUGCGAGACACACUUCAUAGCUCUAUUGGGAGGCGACUUCGAACGCAAUUUCACCCCGACACUAUCACCGUAAUUGCCACACAAACCGACGACGUUGGUGUUCUGUCCAACCCAAGCAGUGCGUUUGGCCUUCAAGACGAUCCGGAGAUUCAAGAAUUAGAAGAAGAACGUCGAAAGCAUACCAAAGAACUUAAAACAAUGAGUUCGAGGGGGAAAGCCAAGUCGGACGACCGUAAAAAAGCCCGGAGAAAGAUCAAGGAUAUUGAUGAUGCCAUUGCGGCAAAGUGCUCUCUUAAAAGAUCUGAGGAUUGUAAAAUUCUUCUCCAAAGCCGCUUCCGCGAAGUAAUCCAAACGCUUCGACCACAUCACAGCCAGCUUGACAAAAAUACUGAACUCGCAAUAUACACGGUAUCUUCCAAACGCUACGAGGAAUCUGGACACGAUGAUCCAGUCGAACUCCAAAGUACUGGAAUCCCGCAGCUGCAACAUCGUUGUCACGAUUUGGUUCGAAAGCAGAACAAGGCCGCAACAAUGCUCUAUCUCGACGCUCUCGAUUGCCUCCUUCGAGAGGUUCAGCUAUCUUGCCAAAGCCACCCACCUUCAACCUUUAACGGAGAUUCUGCGGCGCUCAAGGAAAGAUGGGCAUCAUCCGGACAGGGAAAUGUCACGAGUGUAGAUGACGGGGUGGAUGCGGAUGAAAGGCCAGCUAACAUCAAAGAAUAUCUCAACACGCAUUUGACGCCGAUCGUCACCAAAAUCACUCGUGAAUUGAAGGACAACGCUGCCGCUCUGGACGAGCAUGGCCGAAGAGCCGCGACUCAAGCCUCGGAAAGGGCAAAAAGCAGUCUUGAGGCCGUGAUGCCGCCCAGAAUUCACUGGCAGACAUUCCGGGCGAUGCUGCGCCGCCACGGGCAUUUCAAGCAUAUCAACGUCGACGAUACUCUUCUUGCUUGCUUCCAGGAGAGGGUGGUAGAUCAUCUGACUGCCUCCUUCACUGAAGAUCGCAUCGGUCAGCGGAUCAACGAAGGAUUUAUGACAUGCAUUGAAAGGCUACACGUCGAGAUCAUCGCAUCCCUACCUUCUGACAGUCCGUUGGCGAAGAAGCUCGAAAAACGAACGGAGAACAGCAGGAAGGCGGCCUUGACCUACCUGAAAGGCCAAAUCUCGCAGAUGAUGAACGCAGUCAAGACCGCACGAGGGGAGAUCGACCGUGCAUUGAAGGCUCGCAUGGAAAAAGAACUGAGACCAGGAUAUGACGGAACUCAAGGUGACCUGUUUAGAGGACGAGGUAGUGUGCGGCGUCAGAAGGUCGCAUUUAGUGGAUAUUUUGACGGCCACCGUCAUGAAAUCUUCGACGCUCUCGUGGAUGAGAUGAUGAAGCGGCGCCGUGCUAUAAACAGCAAGGUCAUCCUAGCUCGUCUUCCAAAGCUAGUGACCUAUCUCUCUAACCGGGUCGAUUUGAUAAUGUCUACCCUUUGGAAAACGGUAUCCGAAGACCCCAAGAUCCUUCAAGCACGCAAUCAGGCUUAUAUGUCCUGCAGAAGAGUUCGAGGUGUCAUGGAGCAAUGGCGCGAGGCUCAGAAACAUCGGGAGCGGAUGAUACGCCUAGGUGAUUCGCCCUGUCUUGAGGAGGAGAUGAUGUUAGUCAAACAGGAGCAUAUAGAAGCAGGAUUGGAAAGUGAGGACGAACUCGCCCUACGGUAUCCGGAAGAUGAACUUGACUCGGAUGUCGAUGAACUUGUCUCAGAGUAGCUCUUGUACUGAGGGGGAAAUAUCUGCAUACAUAAGAACAU